AGGACUUAGAGAUAGCUUCUUGUUGUCUUCCUCAGGGGGGAAUCAUGGGCAUUGAGAUCAACUGGGACUGCAACCUGGACAGUUGGUUCCAUCACUGCCGUCCAAAAUACAGUUUCCGACGUCUUGACGACAAGAAUACCAGUGAGUCCUUGUACCCUGGCUACAACUUCAGAUAUGCCAAGUACUAUAUGGAAAACAAUGUUGAAAAACGGACUCUGAUAAAAGUCUUUGGGGUCCGUUUUGACAUCCUGGUUUUUGGCAGUGUAAGUAUCUGCCCCAGCCACUGGCACUUGCAUUCCUACAACCAUGUUCUAAUGAUCGCUGUAGUGCCCCAAGAGAUGAAUGUUUUGAUGGUAGUCAUUAGCUGGCACUGUGCAUCUCACAUGUGGGAUAAGAGAGGGGGAAGAAAUGUCUUUGGGGUUCUGUCCAUGAACAGUCAUCUGUUGAAUAAAAGAGGGAGAUAG